AUGGCACGAUUAUUCACUUUGGUUUCGCUCGUUGCAGCCGCAGCCGCAUCCAACCACGCUGGUGAGGGCGUAGGUCUCCCGUUUGUUCUGGGAAGCGGUGGUGAACGUGGAGUUGGCGUCGGUGUCGGACCCCAGCAUGGCGGUGGGGGAACUGGAAACCAUCGCGAUGUUUUUUUGGGAGGUGGAAACCAGCACAAUAUUAUAGGAAAGGGGGGGUUUAAUGGUCACCAUGCACCUGGACAAUCCAUCAGUGUUACUAUCAUAACAACCAAUGUUGGCGGUGGUGCGAAGCAUCAAGUUUGGAACGAACCCCCAAUGCAAAGAGGCAGAGAACAUCGGGUUAUUGUUGGUGGUGAAGCUGGUCUUAUAUUUCAGCCAGAAACCGUAAACGCUGCUAUCGGCGACAUGGUGAUCUUCGACUUCAUGUCCCAAAACCACACCGCGACCCAAUCCACCUUUAAUCAACCAUGCGUCCGGAUGGCCCAAGGUAUCGACUCUGGAUUCAUGCCAAAUCCUAACAACACUGUGAACCCCGCGCCAAACAUGCAGUUCCAAGUUACCACGCUGGACCCGGUGUGGAUGUUCUGUGAUCAAGGCAGGCACUGUGAGCAAGGAAUGGUAUUCAGCAUCAACCCUACCGCCGAGAAAUCGCAGGCACGAUUCAAAGAGCUCGCCAUGGCCGGUGACGCUGCUGUUCCCUCGCCUCCCUCUGCUGGAAUCGGAGGUGGUAAUGCCAGUGUUGUGUCUGCCACCCCGACUCAGGACAUCACCACACCUCAAGCAACCAUUGCUUUCGGAGACGGCCAGAUGGGAUCCGGAGAUGCUUGCUCUUGCUCCUGCCUCUGUGGUAUGGAAUCGUGGCCUCAAGGCGUCGGCCUCAACUCCCAAGGCGGACUACCUGGCACUAUCCCUAUGCCGCAAUCGUCUCCACUCAAGCGUGGCGUCGAGCCUCUCGAUUUUUAA